AUGGGCUCGCUGGUGGCCAAGCUCCUUCUGCCCACCCUCAGCUCCUUGGUCUUCCUCCCCACCAUCAGCAUCGCGGCCAAGCGGCGUUUCCACAUGGAAGCCAUGGUUUACUUCUUCACCAUGUUCUUCGUGGCGUUUUACCACCUUUGUGACGGCCCUGGGUUAUCAGUGCUGUGCUUUAUGCGCUACGACAUCCUGGAGUACUUCAGCAUCUACGGAACAGCCCUGUCCAUCUGGGUGUCCCUGAUGGCCCUGGCAGAGUUUGACGAGCCCAAGAGAUCGACCUUCAUCAUGUUUGGCGUCCUCACCAUCGCCGUGAGGAUCUACCACGACCACUGGGGCUACGGCGUCUACUCGGGCCCCAUCGGGACGGCCGUGCUGGUGAUCACGGUCAGAUGGCUGCAGAAGAUGAAGGAGAAGAAAGGGCUCUAUCCUGACAAGAGUGUCUACACCCAACAGAUCGGUCCUGGCUUCUGUUUCGGGGCGCUGGCGCUGAUGCUGAGGUUCUUCUUUGAGGAGUGGGACUACACCUACGUGCACAGCUUCUACCACUGUGCCCUGGCCAUGGCCCUAGUGCUGCUGCUGCCCAAGGAGAACAAGAAGGCUGGGAGUGCCGGGACCCCCGCCAGGCUGGACUGCUCCACGCUCUGCUGCUGCGUCUGA